UAUUAUUACAGUGUUACAGAAUGGAAUUCAAGUCUUGCCCUCCAAAGGACAGAUUUCUCCUGUCAAGACUAUCCUCAAAGCAGGUAAAGGAGGCCUUCUUAAAUUGCGUAAAGGACCUAUCCUCUCUGGGAGUUAUUGUACCAGUCCCUCUACGGGAACAGGGUCUACAAUUUUAUUCAUAUCUGUUCGUGGUUCCCAAAAAGGAGGGAACUUUUCGUCCAAUCCUAGAUCUCAAGUGUCUUAACAAUUUCCUCAGGGUCCUGCCUUCAAGAUGGUAACUAUUCGUUCCAUUCUUUCUUUGGUACAGGAAGGUCAAUUUAUGACUAUAGACCUGAAGGACGCAUACCUUAAUGGUCGUAUUCAUAGGGAACAUCACCAGUUUUUGAGGUUUGCCUUUCUGGACAAGCAUUUCCAGUUUGUUGCGCUUCCGUUUGGUCUGGCCAUGGCUCCCAGAAUAUUCACAAAGGUUCUGGGGGCGCUAUUGGCAGUGAUCCCAGGGAACUGCUGUGGCGCCCUAGCUAGACGACAUCUUGGUUCAGGCGUCCUCUUUUCAACUAGCUCAAUCUCAUACAGAGAUGCUGUUGUCUUUGCUACGUUCCCAUGGGUGGAAGGUGAAUUUGGAAAAGAGUUCUCUAAUUCCAUCUCCAACUGUGUGUUUCCUAGGGACAAUAAUAGAUUCCAUGUCCAUGAAGAUUUUCCUGACAAAGGUCAGAAAAUCAAACUUCUUGCUUCCUGCCUUUCCCUUCAGUUUGCCUUUUGCCCAUCCAUGGCUCAAUGCAUGGAGGUGAUUGGUCUGAUGGUUUUCUCGUUUCCACCUAAGACCGCUGCAGCUUUGCAUGCUCCGUCAAUGGAACGGAGACCUUUAAGAUUUGUCACAAAGGAUAAGUCUGGACCCCCUAACAAGAGACUCUCGUGGUGGACGUCUUGGGAACAUCUAUCUCAGGGCACUUGCUUCCUGGGAAAUUGUGACUACGGACGCCAGGCUGGGGAGCGGUUUGGGGUCCUCUGAAGGCUCAGGGCCUGUGGUCUCUGGAAGAGUUCUUUCUCUUUCUCCUUUUUUUUUUUUUUUUUUUUUUUUUUUUU